CAAUGAUUACAUGCAAGGUUUGUUACUGGAUGAAUGUGACCUUCAUGUGUAUGAUCAUCAAUCUAACACUUUUACUCCUGAAUUAGUUGAAUGUGCGAUGAACUUAACCAAUUUAAAAGUGGCUACGCACAAUGUUGGACCUGUUAUCAGAGAAGUCUCUUCAUUAUGUGGGAAGAUACCCAACCGUCUCCCAUCUCGCACAACUGUAGAUAAUAUGGUUGACAGAAAAGUUUCCCUGUCACAAAAGCAACUUGGAACUGUUCUUUCUGCAAAAGAAGAAACAACAUUAUAUACAGAUGAGACUAGAAAACAUGGACACACCUAUCAAAGCUAUUUGAUUACAGACAAAGACAAAAAUUCGUAUCUGCUUGGUCUUCGGGAAAUGGAAAACAAAAGUGGGCAGUGUACUCUAGACACAAUGAAAGAAAUACUGAAAGAUAUUUCAGACUAUUGUUCACAUUCAGAGGACAAAGAAGCAGAUUGUGAACCUGGACAAACAGUAGGAUAUCAUAUAUUGAAGAAUGUAUGUAAUACUAUGUCUGACCGUGCCAGUACAGAAAAACACUUCAAUGUCUUGCUGCAAGAAUAUAGGAAUAAGAUUUUACCUGAUGUUGUUUACAACUAUACAAAUUUAACAACACAAGAAAAAGAACUGUGUGGCCAGAUGAAUAACUUUUUCUGUGGUCUACACCUGUUAGUUGGCAUAGCAGAUGUGUCUGAAGCAUCAUUAAAAAAGUUUGAAACAGCAUAUCUUGAUGGAAAACUGAUAGGAUCAGCACAAAAGCCUGAACUUCAGCGAUACCACAAGUCAGAGAGUGGUACUUUGCGACUUUUGCGCACAUGCAGCAAAGCCUUUGCGAUGGGAGAGGAUGAAAAAAAUGGUGUGUUUUUGCCAUGGAAAACUUAUCUUGGAAGCAAAGGAGAGAAGAAAAACCAUAUUCUGAGGUUCAAACAUAAUCGCUUCAACAUGGUAUUCCUAAUUGGGCAAGCAGUUUACUACCACUCACAAGACAUUCAGGAAUUUCUAGGUAAUGUUCAUGGAACGUCAAAUGAUCUUCUGAAAGCUGUUUUGCUUGAUGCAAAAGAAACCCUGUUUUUAGCUGGUGCCAAGGUUCUUGGCCUCGUUUCCAAGUUCAUAACAGCCCCACUGUGGCGCUUGAUUGAAGCACCUGGACACAUCCUGGACAUGAAUAUGCACUUUGAAACUUUGGUUGACUUUCUCGAAAAAACUUCAACCGAUACAGUUUUGGCACAGGAAUUUCUUAAAGGGCAGAGUACACCAUUCAACUCGGAGGUAGAUAGUUCAGAUGCUGUACUGGCAAAACUUUUGGCUCCAGAUGAACUUGAAACAAUAGCACUGCCUCUAGUACAGAGCAUGUGUGUCGCAAUGAAGGAGUUGUUGAAGAGAAUGGUUUCUGAGCAUCUUCCAGGAGGGAAAUUUUGGAAUGUCUCUUCUGCAACAAGAUCAGCUGCUGAAUCAGCAUUAAAACACAACAAAUCACCAGAAUUUAUAUUUGGACAAUUAGACCAUCUCAUUUCAUACCGGCCUAAUGCAUCAGUUCUGGCGAAUGAAGCAUAUCUUUUGUAUUCAUACAACAAAACUAGUGAUUGGUUACACAAUCUUCCGGACGAUGAAAAGAAGAGGGUAAUAGAAAGUUCUAGGAAAGAAGGAAGGGAGUUGCGACAGAAAUUUAAAGAACGAUUAAAAGAGAUUGAGCAAAAAAGGUUAGAUGCCCAGAAGCGGAAACAACUGGAAUUAAAAAGACUUGAGCAGCAAAGGAUUCUGAAAGCUGAAAAUCUCACAAAUGAUGUUUGCUUUUAUGGACUCUGGCAAAGUGUUAGCCAGAUUGAAGAAGGACUUUCAAGAUUGAAAGGUGACAAAGGAGAAAUGCUUAAGGCAUUAUAUUCCCAGUUAAAAUUUCGGAGAUAUGUUUUAAAACAAAGGCAUUCCGACUCCAAAGUUUUUAAUAUGUCUAGGAAAAAGGCUGAUGGUAAAUAUGAGAAACUGUCUGUGGCCGAACUGAAAGCCAAUGUUACUGAACUUAUUAAGAGUGCUGCAACUGUGACAACAGAUGAGAGGCAAACGAGCGACAUACCAUUAUUGGUCGGCAAGACAAUAGAUCAUGUUUUUGUUGACAACACCUACAGAGGCGUGGUCGUGAGUGUAGUGCCUGGUUUCCCAAUGUGGUACAAUGUUAAGUACACCAAUGAUGAGGCAAUUUAUGCAUACAACUUAAUUGAAGAUUACAGAAAUGGUGAUGUGAGGAUUGUGGUUUCAUCUCAUUCCAAGUAAUUCCAGAGUGUUCAAACUAGAACUGUUUAAGUUUACUGUGUGACUGUAUAUUUGAUUGAUUGAAACUGUAGAUAUUUUUUAGAAAUGGACAUUGGUUGUAAAAAAGACAAAGACAAGAUUUUUUAUGUGUAAGGCUUCAGUUAGUUGUGUUCUGAGUUUUAUAUUUUUGUUCAAAUUUGACUGCAUGAUUUUAUCAAAUUACAACAUCACUGCAUGUAUUGUCUGUUUCAAUUACAGUUGAAUCUCGUUAUCUC